UUUUUCUUAUUCUUUUCUGUAUCCUUUUUUUUCCAUUUCAGAUUCUCAAAACAACAGGGGAUUGGUAGAGCACUGUUGAAGAUUAAGAAAUCCUCGUAUUUUUGGGGUAUUUUGUGGGAAACUUUUCGGAAUCUUCAUCUAAAAUACGAAAGAUAUAGAGAUUUUUCUGAGACUUACGUGACGUUCCGUUCUUAAGAUGUGUUGACAUUUCCCUGAAGACUAGCCUGGUGUCUGAAAGGAGGAAUAUCAAUCAACCGUCAAUCAUAUUUCGUAAUAGGAAAUUUGAAUAAAGGUCUCGGUUUGUAAACGGAUCAUAAAAAUCUAGAUUGAAUUUCAGAUAACAAGGAUCUCGACUUGGCUAGACUGAAUUGCAGAAAAAAAAAUCACGAUCUGAAAAUAAACUAUAACCAUCCGUAUUGUAAAAAAACAGAGGGUUCAACUCUGAAAAAAAAAAAAAAUCAACAUUUGGGAAGUCUACCUCACAAUGACCAAACGACCACACCGACCUAUUCCUUCUCUCUUCGUCCUCUCCGUCUCUCUUAUCAUCAUCGCCCUCUUCCCACUAUCCAUCGACGGGAAAGAAGAGGAGAAGAGGAGAGAAGAGGAACUCGCCCACGAUAACGUAACAGCAGGAUCUCUCCCGCCGAACAGUACUGAAGACGAAGACCCUUUUCUCGCGGGGCUGAAGGCAUACGAGCAAAGAUGGCUGGACAGAAUCAACCGAAAUGCACACAGGAACAACCGGACGGCCAAUUCAAGCCAUUCCGGCCGCGAACAGGGGGACGAGGAGGUGAACGAAGUGGCGGAAGAGGAGGGGGACAAGGAGAACUGGCGGGAGGGCCGUAAAGGUUCAUUUUUCGACUGGUUCAAAAGCGACGGUCAGUGGAAGCCGCUGUUCGUCGAUAAGGAUUGUGACUGCGGGAAAUCCGAGCCUUUGCGCGCGAGGAUUAUCAACGGCGAAGAAACAAAAAAGCAUCAAUAUCCGUGGAUGCUACGACUCAUUCACAAUGAACAAUGACAUCUCGCUCGUGUUUCUGACGUCAAAGCUGACGUUCACGUGGCGAGUCGCCCCUAUCUGCCUGACCCCGUAUGACGUGACCUACUUCAAGGAACAAGCGCUGGUCAUGGGCUGGGGUUUGACCUCUGAGGGAGACAAGAAGUCGAGUUCACCGGUGUUGCUCCAAGCUAAGGUCAAAGUGAUCGUGAUGAGCCAUUGCAGAACCCUCUAUGGCUUUGAAUCCAUCGACGUCUCAGGCAAGAUGAUCUGCGCCCUCGGAGAGAGAACGGACGGGUGUCAGGGUGACUCAGGAGGCCCGCUGGUAUGGAGGGAUGAUGCCACAGGCCGGUAUUUCCAAGUGGGCGUGACCAGCUGGGGCUUGGGAUGCGGUAACCCUGAUUAUCCUGGUGUUUAUGUGAAGCUGAGCAAAUAUCUCGACUGGGUCUACGCCAACACAGGUGAAUCCGUUUUCUGUUCGACUUACAACCCCAAACUGAGAGGGAAGAAAAGUCGCGGUAACCAAAGAGGAAAAGGGAGGCAGCUAAAGAAGAACGGAUGGGGAAACUCAAUCAUUCGCUAAAACACAAGAAAAGAAUUGAAGGAAAGAGAAGAUAACUUGGACAUCCAGCAUGAUUAUCUUUCUACUUCUUUUCCUUCUUUUUCGUC